GAGCCGGGGCGGGCCGUUAGCGGCCGUUGGGUGCCGUUAGCGGCCGUUAGCGGGAUGCCCGGCGGAGCGGGGCAGGGAUGGCGUCCUCCUGGCGCUGCCCGGCCUGCGCGGAGCCCUGCGCGGCGCCGCGGCUGCUGCCGUGCCUGCACUCGCUGUGCGCGCCCUGCCUGCGGCGGCUCGGGACGCUGGGGGAGCCGGCACGGGCGGGCAUCGCCGCCACAGCCACCGCCAUCACCGUGCUGUGCCCGCUGUGCGACGCCGAGGUGUCGCUGCCGCCGGGCGGCGUCGGGCAGCUCCCCCCCGACUACGUGUCGCUGGGCCGCGGCCGGCUGGGCUGCGACCUGUGCGCCGAGGGGGCGGCCGUGGGGCGCUGCCAGACGUGCGGGGCCGCGCUCUGUCCCUUCUGCCGCCAGGCCCACAGGAGACAGAAGAAGACUGCUUCUCAUGCUGUGACAGAGCUGGAGAGUGGCAUGGAUUGCAGCCAAGCUGUGAGGCCUCUCUUCUGCCCGUCCCAUCCAUCGGAGGAGCUACGGCUGUUCUGCGAGCAGUGUGACCAGCCCGUGUGCCGGGACUGUGUUGUAGACAGGCACCGGCAGCACCCCUAUGACUUGGCCAGCAAUGUUGUCCACAGGCACGGGGACUCCCUGCGGGUGCUGCUGGAAAGCACCCAGCAGCGUGUGAGCACCCUAGAAGACGUGUUGAGCCAGAUUGAUGGCAUGGGCAGCGCUGUCCGCGUUCGUGCAGAGGCCGUGGCCACAGAGAUCUGUCUGUUUGCCAGCGGGUACGUGAACGCUAUUGAAGAGCACCGGGACCGGCUGCUGAAGCAGCUGGAGGACUUGAAGGUGCAGAAGGAAAACCUGCUGCAGUUGCAGAAGGCCCAGCUGCAGCAGCUGCUGCUGGACAUGAGGACAGGCAUGGAGUUCACAGAGCGCUUGCUGACCAGUGGCUCGGACCUGGAGAUCCUCAUCACCAAAGGGGUGGUGGCGAGCCGGCUGGCAAAGCUGAACAGCAUCGCUUACAGCACCCGCCCCAGCGUGGACGACAACAUCCAGUUCUCUCCCCAGGAGAGGGCAGGGCAGUGUUGCGGCUAUGAGGUUUUUGGGGCCAUUCUCAAUAAAGUGGUUGAUCCAGCCAAAUGUACCCUGCAUGGGGAAGAUCUCUGCGUCACCCGUCAGAACGAGCUGACUGGCUUUACCCUGCUCUGUAAUGACACCACGGGAGAGCAGAUGGGGAGAGGAGGAGAGGCUGUGAGGGUCACCAUCACCCACAAGGACAAGAAGGACUGUGCAGUCAAACCAACAGUGUGCGAUAACGGUGAUGGGACCUACCAUGUUUCCUACAGCCCUGAGGAGCCAGGCCUGUAUGCUGUCUGCGUCUGUGUGAAGGGGCAGCAUGUACAGGGCUCUCCGUUCACUCUGACGGUGAAAAACAAGUUCCGCAAGCACCAAGGUGUGUUUCACUGCUGCACAUUUUGCUCAAGUGGAGGGCAGAAAGCUGCUCGCUGCGCCUGUGGGGGGACCAUGCCAGGUGGGUACCAAGGUUGUGGCCAUGGGCACAAAGGUCACCCUGGCUGUCCCCACUGGUCAUGCUGUGGACAAGUCACAAAGAGCUCAGAGUGUCUGGGGCCGCCCAACGACAAUUCACAGAGGAGUUUGCUCAGGACAGUGGCACUCUGAGCACCAGGUGAGCCCCUGGGAGCUCAGGUCCCUCCUGGUGGCUGUUGGAUGAGCACAAGCCAUGAGGAUCCUCGCGAUCGCUACAGAGCCUUGUUGCCAGAAAAUAACAUUGUGAUGUGUGUGAACUGAAGAAGGGGGAUGAAGGGAAAUAAAAUUGUGCCUUAUGUUCCACCCUGGGA